ACCAAUAAACACUUGUCUACAGAGGAUGUCACAUCUGACACCAAUAAACAGUUGUCUACAAUAAAUGCCACAUUAGACACCAAUAAACAUUUGUCUACAGAGGAUUUCACAUCAGACACCAAUAAACAGUCGUCUACAGAGGAUGUCACAUCUGACACCAAUAAACAGUCAUUUACAUUGGAUGUCAUAUCAGACACCAAUAAACAUUUGUCUACAGAGGAUUUAACAUCAGACACCAAUGAACAGUCAUCUACAGCGGAUAUCACAUCAGACACCAAUAAACAGUUGUCUACAGUGGAUGGCACAUUAGACACUAAUAAACAGUCAUCUACAGUGGAUGGCACAUCUGACACCAAUAAACAGUUGUCUACAUUGGAUGUCACAUCAGACACCAAUAAACACUUGUCUACAGAGGAUGUCACAUCUGACACCAAUAAACAGUUGUCUACAAUGGAUGCCACAUCAGACACCAAUAAACAGUUGUCUACAGAGGAUGUCCCAUCAGACACCAAUAAACAGUCAUCUACAUUGGAUGUCACAUCAGACACCAAUAAACAGUCGUUAACAGUCAGUAAUAACUGCCAUACAGCCAGGGAGGAAACGUCAUCUGUUAGGCUUGAGGUUGGUGAGGCAGUGGACCAUGAAAUUGACAGUGAAUUGAGAAGGAGACAUCUUGAGAUAUUGGAACUGGCUCAAGAGAUCAUCAGAUCAGCAAUCUCCUACAGGGAAUCCACUGAUGAUGUAGAUCCUGAACUGAUACGUGAAUGGGACAGAGAAGAUGACAUUACAUUUGAUGAGAGUAUAAGAGAAGCUCAAGAUGUUGGUGGCGAGGUCAGUUACAGGAAAGAAGAGACGAUAGCUGAGACUCCCUCAUUGUUGGUCAGAACCAACAGACAUACAGCGAUGAUGGAUGAGGGCCCAGCUGUCAGGGGAACAGGACAUUCCCUGACUGAGAUUCUUGAAUCAGGUGUGGAACAAAGUCAAUCUUGGGAAUCCUCUCCUCAUCCAUCUAUAAGAUGUCAGCAUGGAGGGGAGCUUAGCUACAAGAAAGAGGAGACUGUGGCAAUACACAAAGGGAUAUUGCAACCUUCACAAACUGUAGAACGUGGAUCAUUAGUGUUCUGGAGCUCCGACAGGGAAAAGCUCUCAUCCUUAGCAUCGACAGAGGUCACUGACCUAGAUCACGGAGGAAUGUUACCACAGGAAGGUUCUGAUGAGGAACACAAUGACAAUAUUGCUUCUCAAAUACGUUUAGAUCAAGGUGACAAAAAGACAAGAUCAGUAGACAAAGAUGACGAAAAGACAUGUUUACUAGACAAAGGGGAUGAAAAGACAAGUUCAGUAGAUAACAGGGAUGAAAAGACACGCCUAUCACAACCAGCGCAAGACAAUUCUUCACAAUCAAAACAUUCCAGUUUAACAAAGGAUGAGGUGUUAUCACGAAAUUCCCCUGAUCAAACAGAGAAACCAGGUGCACUAGAAGACAGUUCAAACACAAUUCAAUUUGCAAAUGCAGACAACAAGGUUCUGGAUCUUAGUGCCAAAGUAUUUACUUAUCCUGCAAUGGAUGCUUUAAUGGACCAGAACCACAAUUCUAACCCACAGUACAAUCUAAACCAUUCAUCAAGAAUCGGUGAUGGAGAGACGUCUGAUGUUGAUGCAUCUAGAGUAAAUGCCAGGGAGAGGUCACCUUUAGCUAGGCAAAGAAAUGCUGGCACCGAGAUCCCUGAUGUAACGAUUUCAAAUUAUGAAAUUCUGAAUGAAAUUGAGAAACUGAGAUCUGAACACACAAAGAUGAUGGGUCUGCUGGAAAGAUCACGAGAGAAGAAAUCCAAGAAAAAGAAAG